GGUAAAUCACCUGACAAAGCUACUGACAUGACUGAUCGGACUAGUUCCCGUCCUACGCACAAACCGUCUACCUCUCAGUGGAUUGAUCCGCGAUCUUUCGAUAUACUUGAUCGGCGAAUAACACGGAUGGAGGUCACUAUCAACAAAAUUUUUGUAAUGGUUGGUGAUAUUGUCAAGCAUUCGAAUAAAGAGAUUCGUUCCCGUAAUGAAAAGCGUACGGAACCAACCGCGAAUCGGAUUCCCAACGGUUUUAAAGAGCCUGAUUUACCCCUUGAUGAUGUGAAGAGCAUUUAUCUCUUCAAUAAAAUGCUCAAAAAGAAGGAAAUUCAUUCAUAUUUGCUGGAACAGGAAAAGGAAUAUUGUGCACCGUCGAAAUCUACUAACAACGUCGUGAUGACCGCCUAUCUCAAACGAUUUAUUUCAUUGAAAGUUCGGCACGAAGUUGCACUUAAGGAUCCGAAAGGCCAAAAGGACGUAGUUCUUCAUCGAGAUUUUAAGCGCGUUUACGACUUUCUUAUAGAUGUUAUGAAGCACGGAUAUUUGGCCUACGGCGAAAGAAUAAAAUCGACUGAAAUUAAAACUGUCCUCCGUACGGUUUGGGGAAGAACAAACCAAAUGUUGGAAGAAAAGAACCGUCGAAAUUACAAGUAAAAUUCAUUUUUUA